UGCGGGGGUCUGUGUGUGUGUGCCGUGCCCAGGGGGAGGUUUCUUGCACACGCACACACACACAUACACACACAUACACACACACAUACACACACACACACACACACGCAGGACCGGCCCCGCUCCGGCCCCCCACCCCCCGCCCCGUUCCCGGCUCACACCAUGUUCCAGCCGUCUGCGAAGCGCUGCUUCACCAUCGAGUCCCUGGUGGGCAAGGACACCCCCCUGGGCCCCGAGGACCCCCCGCGCCCCGCCGCCCUCGCCUACCCCGGCCCCGCCGCAGCCGCCGACGCCGCCGCCUUCGCCCCCGGCUUCCAGGGAGCCGCCGGUCGGGCCCUCUACGGCAGCGCCGAGCUCGUCUUCCCCGAGGCCGUGGGGCACCCGGCGCUGCCCGUCGGGCCCCCCCAGCUGGGGGGCUCGGCCCUGCCGCACCCACACCCCUUCUUCGGGCCGCAGCACCGCGACCCGCUCAACUUCUACCCCUGGGUGCUGCGGAACCGCUUCUUCGGCCACCGCUUCCAAGGGAGCGAGGUAUCCCAGGAGAGCCUUCUCCUGCACGGCCCCUUCGCCCGGAAACCCAAGCGCAUCCGCACGGCCUUCUCCCCGUCACAGCUCCUGCGGCUGGAACGGGCCUUCGAGAAGAACCACUACGUGGUGGGCGCCGAGAGGAAGCAGCUGGCCAGCAGCCUCAGCCUCUCCGAGACCCAGGUGAAAGUGUGGUUCCAGAACAGGCGGACGAAAUACAAACGGCAGAAGCUGGAGGAGGAAGGCCCCGACUCGGACCAGAAGAAGAAAGGUUCCCACCACAUCAACCGAUGGCGCCUCGCCACCAAGCAGUCGAGCGGAGAAGACAUCGACGUCACCUCCAACGACUAAGGCAGGGACAGGCUCCUGGUGCAGCCACCAUGGAGAGGAACCCGGGGGAGGAAGGGGGGACACAGGCGGCGGCACCACCCAACCACGGACUGUAGGGACGUCGCCGAAGCCGCCGCCGCAUCCCGCGGCCUUUCCUCGGGGCGCCCGGUCCCCUCUGCCGCCCGGGGCAUCCCUCGGAGGUGCUUUUCGGGAAGCUCCCGCCGCCGCCGCCGAGCCGAGGAGGAGGAAGAGGAGGCUGCCGGGGCGGCCCCGGGACGCGGCCGCGCGUCCUCCUCCGCGCUGGAAGGCGUCCGUCAGCCGCCGGAUCAAAUCCGCACGUCCUGCCCAGAAAGCUCCGUGUGCCCGACCCCUUCUUCAUUUUUCCUUUUUAUUAUAAUUUUUCACCUUUUCUCCCCUGCCCCCCCCCUCCCCGCCCCCGUCCCCGUUGUCGUUUCAUCGUUGUUUUGGUUUUUUUUUUUUUUUUUUUUUUUUUUAUUACACGGUUUAUUUUAAUUUAUUCUGUUCUCUCCGUGCCCGUGUGCGUGCGUUCCCUGUCGUAGGUAUCAGCAGCUGUAGUGUGUGUUCCUGCGUGGUAAUAAAAGGCAAAAUGUGCUGGAA